CAUUUUCCCACUGAUGCACUGUACCGGAAGUGCUUCGUGCAAGAAAAGCGGAAAUUGUUAUUAAUGGUCCAACAUGUUUUGCUAAAUGUUGGAAGCGUUAUCACGGACAAUUCCAACUUAAUUUGUAUAAUUAGUGAUGUUGCGACAAAUCAGCUGCUUUCAUUUCGCUGAUUCGACUCAUUGUGUUCGCUGGGUUCCUCAAUGAAGCUGCAAACAGCAUCAGUCUAACAUCUAAAUUCGUCUCUUCUGUAAACCUACAACUUCAUACACUUUGAAGACUAUCAUCUCUCUGGCACCCACAUGAGCGCAGCGUUCUAUUCCCGCUGGGCCAAGCGCCAUGCCUGACCGGGAUAGCACCUUCCUGGCAGGUGGCAGUGGGGGAGGAAGUGGGACUGGGGUGGGCACUGGGAUUGGGGAGGAAGGCGUGUCUGGGUCAGGUUUGGGUGGAGGGGUAGGAGAGGGACGAGUGACCGUGGGGGGCAGCUCAGUGGGUUGUGGAGGAGGUAACGGGGGUCCCGGGGCGAUGGGAGGCGGCGGGGCAUUAGGAAACGGGAAUAGCUGCAGUGGUUUCGGUUCCGGAUUGGCACUUGACGGCGUUUGCCGGGACUUUUUGCGGAAUGUGUGCAAGCGUGGCAAACGUUGCCGUUUUCGCCAUCCAGACUUCAAUGAGGUUCCCGAUUUGGGAGUGCAGAAGAAUGAAUUCAUCUUCUGUCAUGACUAUCAAAACAAAGAGUGCGUGCGCACAAAUUGCCGAUUUGUUCACGGAUCUAAAGAGGACGAGGAUUAUUAUAAGAAAACCGGAGAGUUGCCCUUGCGUCUAAGGGGCAAGGUGGCUGCUGGAUUGGGACUGUCCCCUACCGAUCUUCCUUUGAGCCGUGGUGAAGUCCCCAUUUGCAGAGACUACCUGAAGGGUGAAUGCCAGAGGGGUAACAAGUGCAAGUUCCGCCACGUACGGAAAGAUUACGACUAUGAGGCUUCGUCGAGGGUGGGGGUUGGUUGUAUGAUGGGCGUUCCAGGUGGGGUUAGUGGGAUGGUAAAUGCAGGUGGAGGAGGGGCAGUUGCCGUUGGUGGUGCCUGUGGUGGGAUGUCUGGACUUGUUGGGGGUGGUGUUGGUAAUUACUUGGGGAUGGGAUGUCCCAACAUGGGCGUAUGCAGAGACCAAGGACUGUCGGUUGGAGGGGGAGGUGGGAGUUCAAUGAGUGGCUGCAUGUCAAUAGGCACUGCCGGUCAUCGGCGGUACGAAAGGGGUCCGUGCUCAGUUUAUGACCCUUUAUUUGAAAAUGGCUUGUUUGAAGCAGGGCCAGUGGAAGCUCCUGUUGACCACACAGCUUUCCAGCUGAAGAGACGGCGAUUAGAAGGUCUACGAUUGGCUGAUGGGCCUGGUGUAGGACAUUAUGACCUGGGGAUUCAGGCUACUCUGCCAACACGGCCAUUAGAAUAUCGCUUUCUUGAAGAGGAGAAUGCCUUAUUGAGGAAAAGAGUGGAGGACCUUAAGAAACAGGUGUCCAAUCUCAUAGCCACUAACGAGGUACUCUUGGAGCAGAACGCUCAGUUCAGAAGUCAAGCUAAAGUGAUGACGCUAUCCUCCACCCCUGCACCGUCCGAGCAGAGUCUGGUGCCCCCUGUUGGUUCCGUGAGCUCUUACAACCACGGCAUCGCCCAGACGCACACCACUCUAAGCAGCGCUGGUCUGCAGCCCCGGCCCGUAACACAACAAGAUUUGGUGGCCCCAGCAGGCACACAAACCGCCCCUCCAACUAAUGCGGCACCCCCAACCGCACCCCCUCCACAUCUGAACCCUGACCCUAUCUCAGCUGCACUGGCUCAGACUAUCGCCCAGGGAAUGGCGCCACCUGUUUCCAUGGCCCCUGUAGCGGUUUCAGUGGCGCCGGUUGCUGUAUCUAUGGCACAGCCAUUGGCGGGCAUCACAAUGAGCCAUGCCACAACACAGAUGGUGACGUACCCCAUCGCAAGUCAAAGUAUGAGGAUCACGACUUUGCCUCAUUAGCAUGGGCUGAUCUCUUAAAGGAAUAGUUCACCCAAAAAUUAAAAUUCUGUAAUUUACUCAUCCUCAUGUCAUUUCAAACCUGAUUUCUUUCUUCCAAAAAUAAAAGUAAGAAAUGUUUGGCAAAAUGACGGCCUCAGUCACCAUUCACUUUCAUUGUAUGGAAAACAAAUAUUCAAUGAAAGUAAAUGGUGUCUGGGGCUAAUAUACUGCCUAACAUCUCCUUUUGUGUUCGACUGAAUAAAGUUAUGUAUCAGGUUUGGAACAAGCAUGAGUGUAAGUAAAUGAUGACAGAAUUACAAUUUUGGGGUGCACUUACCCCUUUAAGCAACAAAUAUAUGCUUGCCCUAAACAUCACUAAUGCCCUUUUGCUUAACCUGCCUGUCACACUGGUAAGUUUAUCAGGUUAAAGGACUAUUUUGAUUGAACUUUCAGAUUUCUGUAGAAAUAAUACAGAGAUUUACUUGUAAACUUGCAAAACAUGAUUCAUUUUUUUUUCUUUUUUUCUCAUCAUGCUUUAGUGGACAAUUGCCUUUAACCGAGAGCCAAAGAUUGCCACAAAGACUCCUUUGAGGUUUGCAUCAAACAUUUCUGCUUUCCAGGCUUCGCACAUGGACAUUUACUAACUCCAACUCAUGUGAACUAAUUUUUGGAAGAUGUAAAUAUUUAACAACUCAUGACUACAGAAGGAUUGUGAAUUUACUUGUUUGCUGUCUGUUUGAGUUUGACUCCUUUUUUUGAAUAGUUUGUUUUGUGAAUUGCCUUCUUGUGAACUGAUUGUUGGUCUUUUGCACAAAUUUCAUGAAAAAAAAAAUCAGACAUCUUUUAAGCACCAUUAUAAAUGCCUGUCAUGUUUUAUGCAAAAAAAAAUAAUAAUAUUCAUCAUUUGUAUUAUGUUGUUCCUAUGGAAACUAAAUGCAUUGUACAGUGAUAAUACUGAUCGAGGUCUCUUCAGGUCAGGUGAGUACCUUUAUCAAAUGUGUGUUGAUGAAAAAUGAUUUUGCGUAAUACCAACUGUCAAUCAUAGUCUUUUUCAUUAUUUAGAUGGUGUUAUUUUACAGCAUAACUCUCUUAUUUGACAGAAUAACUUGUUUUGUGGUCAUUGAGACCCAUAUGUGAUGUGUAAUUUAAAAAAAGAUGACCUAUUUUUCCCCCUUCAAAUUUGUAAGUUUUUCUUUACUUAAUAUUUAUUAAGCUUUAGCGCUCUUUGUUGUGCCAUAAUGUAGGCCUGCACUUUGCAGAAAUGUUAUUUGUUAUCCAAUAUAGUUGCAAAACCACAUUGCUGAAAAAUUAAAUAAUAAAAACAGGUUUUUAUGACAAAAAACAUGCUUCUCAUGGAAGAUUUAAAUCAUAAAAUCUAAAAUCGCAUAAAUCAUGAACUGACAACCUGAUUAUUCAGUGUCAUUAUAUAAUUGUUUUAAAUUACUAAAUAGGAUUUGGGUCUCUUAAGUCCCAUACAUCAUGGAUCCUAAAAUAAAUAAAGGUUGCUAUAUAUUUUUAUGU